GAUUAGAUAAUUUUCAAUGUCACGGCAGCUUAUAAGAAGGUUACAAUUAUUUCAAAUGCACAGAAAAUUGUUAUUUCUUUUUUUGCGAAACAAAAAAGGAGUAAUGUAAAAUUUACCAAAAAAUAGAAAAACAAUUCCUUUUUGGUCCCCUUUAGUCUUUCAAAGAAUUAAGACAUUAAAAAACUUAAAAAUAUUUUUUAUUUUAAAUUAUCACAGUGGCUAAAAUCGUAUUACUUUUCCACUCAUUCUCAUUGUUUACAAUGAUCUUAAUGGAUCAUACAUCUUAAUUAAUUCUUAAUCAAGACAAUGUGAAACCCUAAACACAUAUUCUCUAUAUAAGACAAAAUUUCUAUAAUUACACGUGUUUAAUUAUUCGAUUACAUUUUUUGAUUUAAAAUAUUUUAUUUACAAUUUAGUAUAAGGAAAAAAAAGUUGUAAACUUUGCAUUUAAUAACAGUUAGAACAAAGUUAACAAUUUGGAGUAAGGCGGGAAAAAAAUUAAUUUUUGUUUGUGGUGAACAAUUGGAAGUAUUUUUUUCGUGUAAAGAGUUUAUUUGUGUAAGAUUUAUAUACAUACCUCCAGGUAGCGAUAACGUUAAAAGAUAAUUACAUUUGAUUAAAGUAACAAGACCUAGUCUCAAAUUGUCAAGCGUACUGGAAAAAGUCUUAAUCUUUUCGGCACCCAUUGUAACCAUUUCCAAUAUAGAUAUAUUUUUUUUAAAUGUUCAAGUAUAGUAAAAAAUCUUCAAAAGAAGAUGAUUGCUCGAGAAAUAGGAAAAAUUUUUGCAAAAAAUAUAUUCCAAUUACAAAUUGGUUUCCAAAAUAUACAAAAUUUCAAGCAUUUUCUGAUGUCAUUGCUGGAUCGACAAUUGGUCUUACUGUGAUACCACAAAGUAUUGCUUAUGCCGCACUUGCCGGAUUAUCUGCACAGUAUGGACUGUAUUCCUCCUUUUUGGGAGGUUUCAUUUACAUUUUCCUGGGAAAUAUUAAAGAAGUAUCUAUUGGACCAACUUCUUUAAUGUCACUUUUAAUUUUGGAAUUUACAAGAGAAAUGCCAGCGAAUUUUGCGAUACUUCUUGGAUUUUUAGCAGGAUGCGUGGAAUUGGCAAUGGGUUUACUUAAUUUAGGUUUUCUUGUGGAUUUCAUAUCGAUACCGGUUACUUCAGGAUUUACAUCAGCCACAUCCGUUAUUAUAAUAAUAGGACAAAUUCAACGUUUACUGGGUAUUAAAUACAAAUCGAAAAAUAUUCUCGAUAACAUGAUUAAAUUGUUUCAAAAUAUUCAUCAAAUACGUCUGAACGAUACACUCCUUGGCUUAAGCUCUAUUAUAAUUCUUUUAAUGAUCAGGAAAAUGAAAGAUAUCGAAUUUAAAACCAAGGAUUCUGGCAAAAACAAAUUUUUCAAAAAGGCAUUUUGGUUUUUCGCUAUAAGUAGAAAUGCUUUAAUAGUUUUAAUAACAACAUUUAUCACGUACCAUUUGCACGCUGCAGGAUAUCAACCGUUCAUUCUCUCAGGUACCGUUAAAUCAGGAUUGCCUCCUAUUCAAUUGCCUCCUUUCAGUGCCCAAGUGGGAAAUCAAACUUAUUCAUUUGUGGAUAUGUGUUCUCAUUUAGGACUGGGAAUUAUUUUUGUUCCACUUAUUGCAGUUUUGACAAAUGUUGCAAUAGCAAAAUCAUAUGCUUGUGGUGAAGCAGUGGACGCUUCCCAUGAAAUGAGAACUUUGGGCGUUUGCAAUAUUCUGGGCAGUUUUGUAUCUUCAAUGCCAACUUGUGGUGCUUUUACUCGAAGUGCUGUUAGCAAUGCCAGUGGAGUUCAAACUCCAAUGGCUGGUCUUUAUUCAGGUGCAAUGUGUCUUAUGGCACUUAGUUUUUUAACUCCAUAUUUUUAUUUUAUUCCUCAAUCAACACUUGCUGCGGUACUCAUUGCUGCUAUUGUUUUCCUGAUUGAUUAUCAAAUUGUUAUCGUGCUUUGGAAAGGAAACAGACGCGAUGCUUACGCAACAAUUGGCACUUUUAUAAUCAGCAUUAUUUUCAAUGUAGAAACUGGAUUAAUUCUUGGAUCUCUUUGCAAUAUGAUUUAUCUUCUUUACUUAUCAGCAAGACCAAAAAUUACCGUCACGGAGUGUAAGACGAAUUUAGGAGACAAAUAUCUGUUGAUAAAACCUGAGGCUGGCCUCUUUUAUCCUGCAGUUGAUUUUUUGACGACGAAAAUAUCUGAACUCAGAGAAAAUCAAUCAAACAAUGGAAUUCCAUUUAUUAUUGAUUGCCACAGAUUAAAAGGAUUUGAUUACACAUCAGUUAAGGGAAUGGAGAGACUUUUACGGGAGUUUAAAACAUUAAAUCAACAAUUGUGGUUUUUAAAUGUCAAUGCAUCUAUUAUGAAAGCAAUUGGAUAUUUUGGUGAAAUUGAAUCUUUUCACGUAAUUCAGAGCGAAGAAAAUAUCGUUGAAUGCUUCCAGAACAAACAGAAAAUAUCAGAAUUAAGUGUAUCGAUACCACUGAUUAGUAAAACGAUAAUUCAAGAAGAAAAUAGUGAUAUUGCAACAGAUAAUUAUCUUUCAUCAAAUAUUAAACCACACAUUGAAGAAAAUGAUAUAGAAUCUAGUCAUCUGUAAAUAUUUAUUUAUUCAUUUUAUUUAUUUCAAAAAUAAACCAUUUUUAUUUUUAUUAUAAUUUAUUUAAAAUAAUUAAUUGAUUAACAAAUAUGUAGUUAUAAAUGAUACAAUUUGUAAUACGACGGUCUCGUUAAAAUUUAAAUUUUGAAUAUUUCAACGAUCACAUUCAUUGGAUAUUUCAAAUUUGCGCGAAGAUAAACAGCCAAUCUUGUUUGUGGAUGCUUUUUUAAAAAUGAUCUUGCUCAUUGGCUGUUUAUCCCCACACAAAUUUGAAAUAGCCAAUGCACUCGUAUGUUGGCUAUUUUAAUACAUAUUUAAUUAUUAAAAUAUUAUAAUUAAUUGUAGUUUUUCAGAAAGUACUUUAAAGAAGUUUUUUAGUAUUUGAUAUGAUAAAAUUUGCGCAAUCUUUAUGUGUUUGUAAAAUUCUCUUUAAAUGUGUUUCAAAUUUUCCCGGCAAAAGAUAUAAUACAUUGCGUCAUGACUCAAGACGUCAAAUAAAUACCAACAAAAUGUGAUCGUGUGUUUUCCAACGAUUUUAGGAAAAUUAAAUGAAUAUUUGUUAAUUCUCAUUAAAUAAAUUACAUUGUCUUAAAUAUCGUUAAGCAACAGUAUGUAAAUAUCAAUAAAUAGAAUGUAAUGUGUUCAACAAGUCUCAAGAA